UCCAACCCCCCUCCGUCCAUUCCUCGUCCCCUCUGCUCCCUCACUUCCCACCCCCCCAAAACCCAAAUCUUUCCCCCCUCCGAUCGCCCCCCGCCGGCCGCGAUGGACUCCGACGACGAGCCCUGGGGAGGGAGCGACUCCGACCCCGUCGUCGUCGGGGACUACUACCACGACCGCAGCGACGGGGACAGCGGCGGCGGCGAGGAGGAGGAGGAGGGAUCCGACUGCGCCGGCGACGACUACGAGGUCCACGAUGAGGUCGCCUCGCUGCGCGAGAAGAGAUAUGUUGUGUUAUCUGAAAAUGACAUACGUGAGCGGCAAGAGGAAGCCAUAAGACGGGUAUCUUCAAUAUUUUCAAUUCCAAGAGAAUCAGCAUCCAUCCUCCUUCGACAAUACAAAUGGAAUAUUAGCAAGUUGAGUGACGAGUGGUUCGCAGAUGAAGAACGUGUCCGUCAUUUUGUUGGCUUGCCUACAAAUGGGGUUGUUCUUCCUGACUGCCAGGAGCUAACUUGUGGAAUAUGUUUUGAAGGAUAUUCCACAAGUGCACUGAGCUCUGCUGGUUGUGUUCACCUCUACUGCCAUGAAUGUUGGGAAGGGUAUAUUAGUGCUUCAAUAAAUGAUGGUCCAGGAUGUUUGUCACUGCGGUGCCCUGAGCCUUCUUGUACUGCCAUGGUUCUUGAAGAAACCAUUAAUAGAUUUGCUAAAGCUGAGGAGAAGGUGAAGUACAAACAAUUUUUAUCAUGCUCAUACAUUGAAGAUAACAGGAAGAUAAAAUGGUGUCCAGCUCCUGAUUGUACUCGUGCAUUGGAGUUUCUUGGUGACGAGAACUAUGAUGUCUCAUGCAUGUGCAAAUUCAGCUUCUGCUGGAAUUGUACAGAGGAAACUCAUCGACCAGUUAGCUGUGAGACUGUCUCAAAGUGGAUAUUAAAGAACAGUGCAGAAUCUGAGAACGUGAAUUGGAUAAUAGCUAAUUCAAAGCCCUGCCCUAAAUGCAAACGACCAAUAGAGAAGAAUCAUGGUUGCAUGCAUAUGACGUGCCGUCCUCCUUGCAAAUUUCAGUUUUGCUGGUUAUGUCUAGGUGACUGGUCAGAACAUGGAAGUAGGACCACUGGUGGCAAUUAUGCUUGCAAUCGUUAUGAAGCAGACAAGAAGAAAGGCAUAUAUGAUGAAGCUGAAGCAGAGAGAGAACGGGCUAAAAACUCACUUGUGAGAUACUCGCAUUAUUAUGAGCGCUGGGCAUCCAAUCAGAAGUCGAGGCAGAAGGCACAAGGAGAUCUGCAAAAGUUCGAAAGUGAACUUGUGAAGUUCAGUGACUUUCUUGGAAUACCAGAGUCUCAACUAAAGUUCAUACCUGAAGCUUGGUCACAGAUCGUAGAAUGCAGACAAGUGCUGCAAUGGACAUAUGCUUAUGGGUAUUAUCUUGAUGAUAAAGCCAAGAAUGAUUUUUUUGUGUACCUCCAAGGUGAAGCCGAGUCUGGUUUGGAGCGCCUACAUAAAUGUGCGGAGAAGGAGAUCCAUGCAAUUUUACCUAAAGCUUUUGAAACUGAACCUCUUACUUCAUCACAAGACUUUAAUGAAUUUCGUGCGAAACUUGCUGGUCUAACAAGCGUAACCCGCAACUACUUUGAGAACCUUGUUCGAGCACUGGAAGCAGGGCUGGAGGAUGUCCGUGUUACAGGACAGUCGACUUCGAAGAGGAAAGCCCGUGCCACCCCCAAGAAGAAACCAUUCGCCAGAGGCAAGUCGGGCAGGAAUAAGAAGGCGAGAACAACCUCUUAACGUUCAGGUGGUGGCUGGCCCUGCGAGCGCUGCUGCGCCUUUAGCCGACCCAUCUUCGCGGAUAUCUGCGAUGGUCCGGGGGUAACGGUAGGCAUAGGGGUAGGGGCAAUGCAAUGGCCCCUGGCCAGAAUUUGUAUAGUGAGUCUGGAUGCUUGUUCGGCCCAGGCAUUCUGGUGCCAUGGAUGUGAACCGCUGUACAGGUAGCAAAGGAUGCAAUCCUGCCAUUUAGCUGGAUAUAUGGAGUACUCGUUUCUUGUUUUCUUGUAUGGUGUCUAAUUCGACAGUACUGAUACGGUUUUGGAUUGUGAUAUGGUCGUAAAUAUGAAAGGAGGUAUAGAGUGAA